GAUGUUUUGUCAGUGUCCCAUGAGCUUUUGAAUUCCAUACACCAUACUCCUGCUGAAAUGAAUGGAUUUUCACACAAAAUGAAGAAAGCUUAAUACAUAGGGUCAGUUGAAUGCAAGACUAGUGACGCUUGAUUGUAUAUGAAAAAGUAUAGAAAUAAGUUUGUUGAAGCCCAUCUUCAUGGACUCUUUUAUGAAACGAAGUGUGAUGUUUACUUUGGUUGCAGCGUAGUGCAUCACCUGGGAGAUGCAUUGCCAUGGGGUUUAGUUCUUGGGUAUCUGCCUGAUUGGAUUCAUCUGGCUUCAAGCUGUUAUGACAAUCUUUAUAAAAUCAUUUGGCUGAGGAGCUUUAUGUGGAUUCAUGAUAUGAGUUACACGCAGAACGACAGCCCAAGAAGAAGAAAAUUCUUGAAUUUCAAGAGAAGGAAUGGCGACACCAUCGAAGAACAUGAAGGCUUUCUACAAGCAAAAGAAGAAGAACACGACGGGAGGCAUCACCAAAUCAAAAUCCUCAAAGUCAACCAAACCUGCCGCUACUGAUAUCGCCCAACUGCCCCAUGGCGUUUCUCUGGAUUUCGAAGAUGCUGAUAUUGAAGAGGAAGAGAGAGCGUUAAGGGAAUUCGACAUGAACAUGGCGUACGGACCAUGCAUAGGGAUAACGCGGCUGGGUCGAUGGGAAAGAGCACAAAGAUUGGGGCUAAAUCCUCCUAAAGAAAUCGAGAAGCUUGUGAAAAGUGGUAAGGUGAAACUACAAUCAUUAUUUGAUGGGCGUAUGUAGUAGCAUGAUAUGGGCAAUCCUUUUGAAUCAACGUUAGAUCAUAUUUUUCAUCUAUUACUCUUCCCUUUCUCAAGAGGUUAGUGCAUCUAAAAUAGCACUCACGCAUGCUGGAAUUUAAGUUGGAAUAAAUUUACCCAAUGUACGCAUGUUUUUACGCAAAGCGAGGCUUUGUCAUUAGGGACCUCAGCUUUUGUCAACGAUAUUAUAUUUAUUUUAUUAAAAUAUGCUUGAAUUUUCUUAA